ACACCCCGACUACAAUCCUCUCUCCUCGCAAAAACAAUCAAACAACUCGCCGUUUUCACCCCAAAUUCUUCUUCAAAUACAUUCACAAUUUUUCUUUUCAUAAAAAAGAAGAAGAAAGUUUUCAACAAUGAAAAGAUUGUCGAAAAAUCAGCAAGAUCACACAAAUGAUACCAUGAAUAAUAAUGGUGGAUUAGCAGCAGCAAAGAAUGAGUUAAAUGAUGGGUUAUUCACUGAAGAUGAAUUUGAUGUGGGUAAUACUUUGCUCGACUUGCCAUAUUUAAUUACAAAUUAUCUCUCCUCUUACCGGUUUCCUUACCAUUGGAACACCAAAAAACGACGCUCUGCAUUGGUGUCUCCUCCUUCGUUUGACCGGAAACUUACUACUCCGGUUAAAACUGAAGCUGCUACAAGUCCUAAUACUCCUCUCUCUUUCUCCCCUUCACCUAAUGAGUGCGAUUACAAGUUCAAACACUCUGCUAAAAGAAAAACUCAAUCUCUCAAUUUGAGGAAAGAAGAAUUGGAAACAACUUUACGAGAUAGAAUUCUUACUCAAGAACAACUCAAGAAAUCAAUUGGCAAGGUGAAGGGGUAUUUGAAUGUCCUCAAUGCUGAAAAUUCUAAAUUGAUGACCCUAAAACAAGAGCUACUCUGUGAGGUGAGAGUAAAAAAUGAGUUGGGGUGUACAGUAAUGACACGAUGUACCACUCAAAUGCAACAACAACAAAAAGAACAAAAACUAACAAUUUCAGUCAAUGAUCGAGUACAUGCGGUUCCAUCAACAUCUUCAGAGUUGCACCAUCAACCACCGUUGAUUUCUCUUCAUCAAAUACACGAUGUCAGUGAUAACGCAUACGUGGGUCCCACUACUACUACCACUACCACCCAGUUGCAGCAUCAUCAUCAACAGCUACGAUUGGUGAAUGAUCCAAUGUGUGUGAGUUCAUCAAAUACCACACAGUUUCCUUAUCUAUCACCGUUGAUUAUUCAUCAACAACAUCAACAACAUCAACAGUAUGCGUUGAUCAUCAAUCAAGCGGAUCAAAUUCAUCAUCAAAACCAACAACACCACCAACAACAACAACAACAACGAGAAGAAGUAAUGUUUGAUCUUAACAUACAACCAGAUGAAACUAAUGGCUCAAAAGCUAUGGCAAAAGCGGCUAGAAUGAAAAGAUAUCAUAAAAUCAUGUCUACAAGGAGAAGAGGACACGUUGCAAAAGUUGAGAAGAACGACCCAUGAUUUUAAUCUUAAUAAUAUACUACUUAUAUAUAUAUUAGGCUAAUUUUAAAAAUGUUAUUCAAAUGUUAACAAUAAUAUCAUCUCUUUUUUGUGUUAGGGAGUAGAAGUGUACAUUUAUGAGAGAAGAUGAUUUAGAUAGAUAGAGAGAGGAGUCAAUUACAUAUCUUUUGUUAAACUUGUCUUGUUCGGAGAUACUUAUGAAGUACUUGAGUUGUGAAGGA